ACUUGAACCAGAACAGACGUCAAAACCAAUUGCAGUGGUUUUGUAUUUUAAUACUUACUCUGCUCGUACGAGUAUUUUGUAAUUAAUUGUGUGCUUGUGUAAUUUUGUGUGUUUGUUUUUAUUUUAUUUUUUCUAAUUAAUUAAACUUGAUAUUAAUUGUUUUAUAUUGUAUUUAAUACAUGACUAAAGAAUUUUUUUAUUAAAAAAUGGAAACGUUAAAGAAACAAACUAAUAAAAAAUUAAAUGAAAUUACCAAAGAAAUUUCGGAAGAUGUACACGAAACUGUGGAGCAUCUAAAGCAGACCAAUAAGAAAAUCAUUCAAGAGAUUUCGAAAAAUAUUAAGAAAAUUGAAUGGGCACCGGUUAAAGUGCCGCCAAGAAGGCGCAUACAAACAUUGGCGGUGGCCAUGUAUGUUUAUAUUUUCAUGUUUUUGCCCUUCCUGUUCCUGUUUUUAGCCGCCUUUACAAUGCUGUAUUUAAAUUACUGGGGUCGAGGAUUUUUAUUAGUGUACUUGUCCUACAUCUAUUAUGAUCAUAAAAAAACUUGUUCGUCUGUAAAAGGCAAUGGCUUGAUGUUUUUACGUAAAAACUUUUUCACAAAUCAUUUACGCGACUAUUUCCCAGUCGAAUUAGUAAAAACAGUUGAAUUGAAACCAAAUCGUAAUUAUUUACUUGCCAGUUUUCCACAUGGUAUUAUUGGCACUGGCAUUUCCGUUAACAUGGGCAACAAUAUCGGCAAGUGGUUGGAACUAUUUCCCGGCGUACGACCCAAAAUUGCCACCCUUGAUAUGCAUUUCUACAUUCCCUUCACACGCGAACUAUUCCGUUUGUGGGGUUUAGUAUCGUGCUCCAAGGAAUCGCUAACAUACCAACUAACUAGAUCCAAUGAUCCCAAAAAUAAAUACAACAAAGACGGUUUCACAUCUAAUGCCGUAGCAGUUUUAGUAGGCGGAGCUCAAGAGUCAUUGGACUCUCAUCCCGGACGUUAUGUAUUGACAUUGAAAAAGCGUAAAGGAUUUGUGAAAAUCGCCAUAAGAACGGGAUCCCCCAUUGUACCCACCUUUUCUUUUGGUGAAGUUGAUAUUUUCGAUCAAGUGGCCAAUCCUCCAGAGUCUUUGCUGAGAAAGGUGCAAACCUUAGUGAAAAAAUUAACCGGUGUUUCACCUUUAAUUGUAUUGGGUCGUGGCUUCUUUCAGUAUUCCUUUGGUUUUCUGCCACAAAGAAAACAUAUUGUACAAGUUGUGGGCGCUCCCAUUGAGGUGGAGAAAAUGGACACACCUAGUGCCGAAUAUGUCAAUGAAAUUCAUCAAAAAGUUAUCGAUAGUCUGAAUGAAAUGUUUGAAAAAUACAAACACAAGUAUAUUGAAAAUGCCGAAGAGGUUAAAUUAGUUAUUAACUAAUUAUUGCAUUUGAAUAUUUUGUACAUAAAAUUUAAGUUAUUUAUUUGUUAAAAAGUAAAUGUUUUCCUAGUUUUUUAAUUUGUAUAAAAAACCACCUAAUAACUCAUAAGUUAGUAAUAAAUUUUGACAGUUUUCAAUGGAAAUAUUCAAUGGAA